UAGAGAGUAAGUAAGUAUUUUUUAUUUAUAUAGCACUUUUAAAUCAAAUCACGUUGAAGCCAAAGUGCUUUACAGAGAAGAAAUUAGAUUUCCAUACAUCCAUAUAAAAUAAGGAUAGAUGAACGGAGUCUCUUGCCCAGAGUAGGUGAGUGGAGUGAGGUAGGUGGGGGGUGGGGGUAGAAGGGUGAACUGCAGGAUCUGCAGCUUUGUUCUUCUGCUUGGUUCGCUUCCUAAUGACAAGAUCUUUAGAACGAGUGGAAUGUGAAACAGCUGGCAGAAGAUUAUAACUUCAACGAUAAAAUAAAUCAUAAAACUGCUGAAAUUCUAUGCUUAAAAAAUGUGGUAGGCCGGGCCAAUGAUUUUUAAACCAGCCUUUUUAUAAGGGAACGCGGGCGAUCGUAGCUGUUUGCUGACAGACAUUUCACAGGGGGCGUGAGUUAAUACUUUGCGGUUUUUUUUAAUUAUGUUUGAAGCAAUAAACGUCGGGCGGUGGAAUGAUAAACUCCCUGGAAUAGAAAACUACAUUUGACGUACAUAUUUAAUGCGAGGAUCCUGUUGCCGCGGUCGACACCGUCUGAACUGUUCUCCAGACAGCCCUCCCCGAACUGUUAUACUGUACACUGGGAGCCGUGGAAGUAACGUUUUUUUCAUAAAAGGAGAACAAUUUCCGGCAAAAUACGCAUGCUUCUGUGAACACUGAGGUCAACAACGGGCAUGGGGAUGAGAGGAGGAUCAGGUGAGUGAGGGGAGGAGGGGGUUGUCCGUGCAAACACACAGUACUGGUAUCGGCCUCUCCAGUCUAGACGACCCCUCUUACCCCAGCUCCUGGGGACCCCGGCGGCCCCUCGCCCCAAACUUGCUCCAAGUUUAUCCCGGAGUGAAUAUUGAGAGCAGCCUCGCCGGGACUCCGCGGCGAUGGCCAAGAUCCGCUCUCCAGACACCAAAGCCAGAAUCAGGACCAAGUUCGCCGAGUAUGUUGGUUCCUUUACUGUAGAGGAUCAAGAUCUUGAAGGAAUGACAUGGCGAAUCCAUCAACAGCUUCAUUUUCUGAAGAAGUUUCCUCGGAAAAUGGCAGUAAUACUGAAAUUCUCAUCACAAGGAAUAAAGAUGUUUAAUGAAAAUAAAGAGAUACUGUUGAUGGCUCAUGCCCUGAAAAGAAUCCUGUACACGACGUGUCAACCCUUGGACUGCCAGUUUGCAUUUGUCACACGCAACCCCUGCAGACCACCAACUGAGCUCUUCUGCCACCUGUUCGUCACUGCACAGCCAAACGAGGCAGCAAUUCUGAAUUUGCAGCUAUGCCGGAUGUUCCAAGUUGCUUGCUGCAUGAAAUACAAGAAGGAACAACAAAGUAGUCCUCCUGUAAUUAAUUGUUCUACUCGGGAAACUCCUGUGAAACCAGGCUCCCCAGUACUUUCAACAAAGCUUGUGAAAGAACGGUAUGGAGACCUGGAGGUUUCCCUGAAUGUCAGUGCCUUGGUGACCUUCAGGAGGAUAUCAGAAGAGGAAAUCAGAGCAACAGAAGUAAAAAAGCAAAAUGACCAGGAUACAGAGGAAACCUUUAAAAGUGAAAACUAUGGAUAUUGCACCAGUAGUCCAAAUGUUCCUUCAAGUGGUACAAAGGCUCAAGCAAAAGAAUUGGAUCCACUGGAAGACUGUCCAUUCUCUUCACUAACACUAGUGCGAAAGAAAGCUAUACGAAAUAAAGGGAUCAGGUCAGGAGCUUACAGGAGCUCUACCUUCAAGAGACAAUUUCAAGAAGCACUUUCAGAUGGCUACAGUUGCAGGUGGGGAGAUGACCUCUUGGAAUCCUGGAGAGCACUUGCACCACUACAGCAUGAAGAAGUCCUAAUGGACACUGUCUGGGCCAGUGCUGGGAUACCUAGGGAUUGUGCCUUAGAACUUUUAAAACGUGAUGUUCUGGGAGCUUUCUUACUUUGGGCGAAUUCUGGCCUUCUAAAGUGCUGGACUCUGAUGAUGCGGACCCCAUUUGGUGUGAUAAACUACGUGAUCUGUGCAAAUGAUGAAGGCAAAUGUUAUCUUGAGCAUCUGAACACACAAUUUCCCAGUAUAAAAGCCUUGAUAGAACAUUACACAACAAUGGAAGAUGGUUUGUUUUGUUGCCUAAGUGCUUCAAGGCUAAAUCAUUGUUAUGAAGAACAGGAUUCUGCAGUAUGUGAUGACUUGUAUGCGGCUCCAACAAAACCCGAGGACAGGUUACUUCAAAUUAGAAAGUAAAUCGUCUAUGAUCUGAAAAAGUUGGUUCCUUUUGGACAUAAGAGACUGCCUGCAAAUUAUGAUAUGCAAAAUGGUUUCGGAAAAUCAAAUGCAAAUAAACUUGAAUUUGCCACAUAAAACUGAUUAAACUGUAGCAAUGCUAUUAAUUUUGCAGCUGUGCUAUAAUGACUCCAUAUACAAUAGCAUGACUCGGAGGUUGUAAUCAUAAUACAUUGCUGAUGGCUUUAACUGGAUAUAUGUACCUUCACUUAUGUUUUCACUACUUUUAUAACUCAGAUGGAGCUAACACUUAAUGAGUGUGUAAGAAGGAUCUGCAGAUGUGACACUAUACGAUACGAUGCUGGUUCACACCGAAGAUAGACACAAAAUGCUGGAGUAACUCAGCGGAUCAGGCAGUGUCCCUGCAGAAAAGGAAUAAGUGAUGUUUCGGGUCGAGACCCAAAACGUCACCUAUUCCUUUUCUCCAGAGAUGCUGCCUGACGUGCUGAGUUACUCCGGCAUUUUGUGUCUAACACUUAAUGAGGUUCUGUAUAGAACAUUAUGCUGCUUUAUUUUGCAACAAACAGACAUAGAAAGCUAUGGUUAGAAUCAGAAUAAUAUGGUUCAAUUGACAGAAAUUUUUUCUUUAACAAUCAUACAAAAUGCAGAUUACCCACAUCAGUGAGUAAUUUUUAUGCGGUGAGCAAGAUGUUUUGACGCCAUAUUUUUCAGUGAAAGGAUUCUCAGCUUCAGUUAUAAUAAUAUUAACCGUCUCUCUGUUCAAAAAAUAUAUGAUGUUCUUCUGUGUUCUUGGAUUGUCUUUGUUGGUAAAAAUACAAAUCUGAAUAGAGAUCAAUGGAUUUCCAGCUCAGUUUAUGCCUGUGAUGAGUCUCCAUCUAAUAUAUAACCAAUGUUUCACAUUGUUUUAAGACAGUGCCUUUAAAAUAAGAAAAUACAUAUUUAAAGAACAGAAUUCGUCAUAAUUUCAUUUUCAAAUGUUUUCCAUGGAAACGAUCAGAAAUACCAAGAUGUGUAAGACCACUUUACAUUGUUAAUGAUUAAAUGAAAGUUGUCAAACAAACAUUGAACAGUCUUAUCAAGGGUGCACAUACCUACAAGGGCCAGAGGUAUUCUUUAAUACAGACAGAGAUAAUCUUCAGCAGUUUAAUGCAAAUCUUGGGAACAACCGUGCACUUUUCUACUAGCCAAUGUAAAAAUGUUUCCAUUUAAUUUCUGCAUGAGCAAUGUCCAUGUCAGUUUUUAAAUGGUUAUACUAAAUGUAUUCAAUUAUCCAAUAAAAAAUCAGUUGAGGGUAAAGCUGGUUCUGACCAAAAAGUAAUCUUAUUGUUCAAAUUAUGACAUUAACAUGUUUAGAUAAUUCCUAAUACAAUCAUAAUAUUGAAUAUAUAAGUAUAUUGUCAUCAGUUACUUUGUAAAAUAUGUCAUCUUAGAGAUUCAGGAUUCUGUGGGCUAAUUAUUCCUUGUUACUUUGGGCUGAUGCUGUGAUUUCACAGAAUGUGACUGUAUUUUGCUAUUUGACAAAGUAUGUACACAUGUAUAACUAUAUUUUAUUUUUAAAGUUGUUUUUUUUACUGUAGUCAUUAGAAAUUGUAUAAUAAAGAGCAUUUGAACAGUGA